GAUCUGAGUUGCUGACCUGUCGUCUCUGAAAACCAGGACUCUCCCUGCACACCCUUCUCUCUCUCCCCACCUCCCCACACCCCCCUCCCACCCUCUGCACUCUCUCCUUAACGCUGGCCCCAGUGACACUUGUGAACUCUGAACCGGACCACUCAACUUUGGCAGUGAAUUCCGCAAUCUUGCAUCUUCUUCUUCACCUCCACAACCCCCACCUCCCCCCCGCCCCGUGUGUGGGGUGUGAGUGAAGAGGCAGUAACUUCCAGAUUGCCCCCAGUGAAGCUCUCACUAUGCUGGAGAACACGGCGGGCUCUGGCCCAGUAAUCCUACCUUGUCUGCUGCUGACCACUAUCCUCCUCGCUCUGAUCGAUGCCAAGGGCAGCUUCUACGCCCCUUACCGAUAUAACCUUUUCACCUCAGGGUCUAGCCCCAGCCUGAAAGGAGCGGGACGAGUCUCCGGCCGGCACAAGAACUAUUGUGCUUAUAUCGUGAAGAAAAAUGUCACUUGCACAAUGCAGGACGGGACAGAUACCUAUGUGAAAGCUGAGUACCGCCAGUGUGCUUGGGGCCAGCUGAAGUGUCCAGGAGUGGUCAUGUAUCGAACAUUUUACAAACCCAAAUACAAAAUAGGAUACAAGACUGUUACAGAAUUAGAGUGGAGAUGUUGUCCAGGAUAUUCUGGUGAUACUUGCCGGGAAGGUGCUACAGGACUGCCUGAACUUGUGCCAUCACACCCUGGACCCAGAAAAGGUUAUUAUGGUCCCAAGGCUCCAGAUGUCUACGGAGAACGAAUCGAUCAUUUGGAAGAUGAAAUGCGACAUUUUACACUAUCGUUUGAGAGACUCCAAUCCAUGGUGAGUGGGAUCAGUGACAGUCUCAGACAAUCCAUUCAGAAAGACACCAAUAAAAUGAUUGUAUCAUGGCUGAAUAAUCUAAAAUGUCCUGAUAAAGACUUUGCAUGCAUAACUGAAAGCCUGAAAAAUCUGAGUAAAGGACACCCACCAGCGAUGGGAGACUUGGAAGGCAAGAUCCCAGAGGAUAAGGAUGUCUUGAAAACAAACAGUGACUUGCUGCAUGACGUUUAUGGGAUGGUGAUUCGUCAUGAUCGCCAAAUCAGCCAACUUCUGGAGGCCAGUAGACCACCUACACCUACGGCAACUGGGGAUUUUCUCAACAGCUUUAUAGAUGACAGGCUCACCAAGUUCCGAGCUGACCUACUUGAUGGAUUUGAAAACAGAUUCAAUGUCUUGCAAACUGUCUGUGAUUACAAAGUAAACUUAAUCCAACAACAGUGUGAUGAACAGAAGAACAUAAAUCAACGCCUUGAAGGAAUGAUUAGUGGAAAAGAAUCUGACCUAAAAAAGGAGAUUAAUAACUUACAAACUCAGAUUGGUGGAUUGACUGUAACUGAAAAUUGCUGUGACAAAGUCAAGUACUUGUCAGAUAAAAUCAAUGCCCUGGAACGGAACCUAAAAGAAAUCUCAGACUAUCAAAGAUCAUUAACAACUCGGUUUGAGAGUGAGUUGCCGCAAUUCCCUAGUAUUCAUUUCGAAAAUGAGUACAACAGUAGGCUAGAUGACAUUGAAGCCAAAAUCAAUGCCACAGAGAGGAGACUGGAAGAAAAUUGUCUGUUCAUAGAAAACAACAUGAAGGGACAUCUUGGAACUGAGCUGGACGGUAUGAAGACAUUCCUACAUGAUAAACUAAAGGACGUUGAAGGCCGAGUUACUGUUAUUGUUGAGGAGUUGAGCAAUGUAUCUAUUCCUGCCAGCCUAGAAGGAGAAGUAAUCCCAAGGCUAGAAACAGAGAUUUCAACAAUUAAGAAGAAAACUAAUGAUGGCCUGGUUGAUUUGGAAGGAAGACUAGAAGUUUUGGAGAAUCUGUGUCCUGUUAGUUGUACCUCAAUUAUUAGUGACAUUGAAACUCUAAGAACAGAAAUUGAUGAUUGCCACAGAAACUGCCAAGAUAUUGUGACAAAACUAGAUAAGAACUCUGGUCUACUUAACAAACUUAACUACUCUAUGUUUGAAAUAAACAGAAAAAUUAAAGAGGAAGAAGAAUCCAGUGCCGUGCAGGGAGAAAUUACUUUACUAAAGAUCAACAUCAACUCCGUGAACAAGACCCUAAAAGGGAUCAAAGACUCUGUCAGCAAAUAUGCUGAUGACUUUGCGUUUGCCAAUUCAACGUGGGAUGAACACGAGCGCAAAAUGACAGAUGAAGUCCACCUGAUCCAACAGAUAGUGAACAGCCAAGGUUCUCAGCUCCUUUUUAAUGACAAGCGAGUCCAUGAGCUCAAAGGUGAUCUGGAACGAAUUAACCAUCGGAUAAUGUCAGAUCUCCAUAACUGCAAACACAACGCUCAAGAUAUCCAGAAGGAAGUGUCACAGGUUGACAGACGAGUGGCUCAGAUGGAGAGUGUGUGCAACAAACUAAGUGCAGUAUUAAACAGUCUGGAUUAUAUUAAGGAUGGUUUGGAUAAUCAUGCUGGUGAUUUGUGGAAUUACUUAGACCGCAUGAAUUUAACCCUCAUGGUACACAAUCAAGACAUCACUGCUCUGAGAGAUUCAGUCAAUGAGUGCCAUACAAGAAUAACAGGCAUCGGAAAUCGGGCAUUAGAUGGUCUACAAGGACCUAUUGGCCCUCCUGGAUCAGGAUUUCCAUCCUUUGCAAAACAUGUUACGUUUUCUGUGGGUCUGACUGAAAAGCCCUUCCCUGCUGAUAACGGUGUUGUAAGAUUCAACAAAAUUCUCAUCAAUGAUGGAAGUCACUAUGAGCCCCGCACAGGUAUAUUUACCGUUCCCUACAGUGGACAGUACUUCAUUAGUGCUAUACUGACUCCGCAGAGAAAUGAACGCAUUGAGGCUGUGCUGACUGUAUCCAAUGUAAGUGUUGCACAAGUGGACACAGCAGGGUACAGGACUGAAGUAUUAGAAAUUGCCAUGGACAAAAUUGAGAAUCAUUCUGGAGGUGGUCUUGCAGUGUUCAGCCUAAUUCUCAAUCUGAAAACUGGUGAUGAAGUGAGUGUUGUCGUCAUGUCAGGAAAAUUAGCUUACACAGGAACAGAUGAGCUACACUGCACAUUUAGUGGUGUUCUGCUAAAUGAUUCACAAAUGCACAGUUGACAAAGCCCAGGUAAAUUAUGAGAGCAGCUAGAACUGAAGGAACUGGCCAAUAUCUGAUUUUAAAAUGCUUCUUGUCGAGCAAACAGUGAACUAACUGGAAAUAUUAAUUUCAAAUCUAAACAUUUAGCAGACUGAACCACACUAGUCAAAAUGGUCUGUGGAUAGUAAAUAUUUUUUAAUCUAGCACCACUAAGCAAAACACAGAUUUGGUUUGCUGCCUUUUCAAUUAAGUAUGGUCACAUCUUCAGAAAACAACAGCUUCAGAUCAUUGCCUUUGAUUAUGCUUAUAUUAACCCUUUGAGAACCAGGGAAAAUAUAGAAAAAUAUUGAUAAUACUGUUUUAAAAAUUUAGGAACAAUGUUUAAGAAGCGUUCAUUGCUUUUGUACAUAUUCUAUUUUGUAAUACAUUUUCAGAAAUUUACAAUUUUAUAUAGUUAAUGCAAAAAUACGCUUGUACUUAGAAAGCUUAAAGUCUCUGUGCUCAAAGGGUUAAUAGGUUAAGGAUUUUAUGUAGCAUCUUCAAAGAAAUGCCCCAGUCAGUACCCAUUUAAACUCACGAUUUUUCUUCUCUCUCAAAGAAAGUGCCUCAUAAAAUAAUAAAAUGCACCAUACUGAAUAACAUCAAGUGCAAUCUGAUGUAAGAUGAUUACUGGAAGGGUUGGGAAAACACUCAAUAUUUGGUGCUCAAAUAUUGUGCAUUAGUUAGAUGAUCUGUACUGCACUAGCACCAUCACUGCUCGUCAAUCUGUUCAUCAGGAUGUAAGCUACCAUUAGCCAAUUAGCCAUUAUAUUAGGUAAUAAAACCAGAGUGUUUUUUAUGCAUAAUAGCAAAAGUAUUGACUCAGGUAGCAUAAAACAUCCAUUUAGAAAUCAGUGUUAUUUUGUAAGUGUAAACUUUAAAUUAAUUCUUCUCUUGAAAAUCUGUUAACUGACCUUCAUCCUAAAUAUUGGCCAAUUUUGUCAUGAAACAAUGCAUGAAAUCUUGUGUCUUUAUCAUUGUAUUUUAGUAUGAAAAAUACAGAGAUUCAGACAAAAAAAUGUACAGCAAUGAAAAGCAUUAUCUAGGGUCAGUACUCCUAAAUGUUCAUCAAAUUCAGAAAUGAGAGCAUGACAGUGUGUAUGGGUGUGUGCGCGCAUUUGUACAUUUGUGUGCAGAAGAAUUACAAACUUACACCUAGUUUGCUAACCUUUGUCGUCUGGUUUAGUUGGCUUCAACAAUGAAAUGACACUGAACAUUUGAUAAAUAUAUAUAGUCUUUACUUUAUAUUUUACCAAUUGCCAAGUCCAAGAUUUGAACUUUCGAAUGGAUCUAUAAAAUUCAAUCACAGUUUUGUGCCAGGGAUUAAAAAUUUAAAUCAACACAGAAGAUGUCAUUUAAAUGAAUAGUUGUGAAAGGUCAAGGAUGGUUUUGUGGAUUAGAGUAUUUAAUUGAAAUUAGCUUUGUACAAGAAAAGCUUUCAGAUGCAGAUUUUGAAUAGACAAAUCUUUGAUCAACUGAUUUGGUAUUUUGGGAAAGACAUCCCUUGUUCAAGAUAAAUCAUCGACUUGCCAUAUUUGUAGUAAUUUAAAACAGUUUGUCGCAAAAUGCAUUAAAAUGAGAAAAGUAUAGUUGUUUAUCAUGUUUAGUAAUAAAUACUAGCAUUACAUUGCAAUUCUUACUUUGUAGCUGAUAUUGAAGAAUUGUUCAACGUAUGAACUUGAAGUCCUCUUGUUUUGUAUAUUAGUGUACAUCUUUGAACAUAUGGAACUAAACUUUGUGAACAGCAAG